AUGGCUCAAUGCAUCGCUAUGGACAGGGUCACAUCAGAAUUAGGAAGAAUCAAAUUGCUAGAGCCAAAACUUCUUAACAAUGCUGAAAGAUCUGCAUGGUCCAAUUGCUUACAAUUUUAUCAUCUCACAGUGAAGUCUUUGACCAAAAUCCUUGAUGUUAACAGAGGGAGUACAACUGCUGAAAUCCAAAUAUGGCUCAGUGGCGCAUCAACCAACAUUCGUACAUGUCAUGACGGAUUCUUUGAUGUGAAAGUGACCACCAACAUCUACCCACUCGUGAUAUCCAACAAUGUGACCGAGCUUAUUACUAAUUGUCUUGCAGUAAACAAGGUUUUAUUUGACGAGGAAAAAGGAACCAACCUCCAGGAGUUGAGUCAAUCUUUUUCAGCUAACAAAAGUGUUUCUCAAAACGCAAACUGUGUGGUGGCUCAAGAUGGCUCGGGAGAUUACAAGACGAUUACAGAAGCUCUACAAGCGUCAACUAGGCGACCAGAUGUCAGUCAGAGGUUUGUCAUCCAAGUAAAACAGGGGACUUAUGCAGAAUAUCCGGUUGUUACAGAUCAAAUGCAGAAUGUUAUGAUUGUUGGAGAGGGUAUGGACAACACCAUUGUUACUGGAAACGCAAAAGGAGCCACACUCAUUGAUUCCGCAACUUUCAAGGUCUAUGGAGAAGGAUUUGUAGCACAGGACAUUACUUUUGAGAAUACUGCCGGUCCAUCUGCAGGACAAGAAAUAGCCUUAUUUUCACAAUCCGAUCAGUCUGCUUUCUAUCGAUGUCGUUUCAAAGGUUACCAAGACACUCUCUUAGCUAGCAUGAAUCGACAAUUCUACCGAGAAUGUGAAAUAUAUGGCACUGUUGACUACAUAUUCGGCAACGCUGCUGUAGUUUUUCAGAAAUGUCUCAUCUAUGCUGGAACAGUGACCACGGCUCAAGGUCGAACCGACCCAAACUCUCCCACAGGAACCGUGAUCCAGAAUUGUCGGAUUGUAUCCGGACCCGAACUUCCAGCAGGGCCUAGUCCAGCUUACUUAGGACGUCCGUGGUUCGAUUAUUCACUUGUUGUUGUUAUGCAGAGCUUUCUUGACAACGUGGUGAACCCGGCAGGAUGGUUGGAAUGGCCGGGUGCUGGUCAGGGUAGAUACUCAACUUUAUAUUAUGCAGAGUUUAACAACAAUGGACCAGGCUCGGGAACUAAUGCGAGAGUCAAGUGGCCUGGUUACCAUAUUAUAACAGAUGCAUCUCAAGUACAGCAAUACAGUGUUGCAAACUUUAUUGCUGGUAAUUCUUGGCUACCAGCUACUGGUGUGCCAUUUGAUUCCGGGAUUUAA